AUGAGCCCAAUGCCGCCGCGCACCACUCCAUUCCAGUCCAAGCACUAUCUGGAGUUCGGCCUCGAGAUCGUCUCCAGGGACCAGCACGGCAACCCGAUGGUGCGGUGCAACUUCUGCACUUUUGAGGGCCGCGACAAGGUGGAGAUCACGGAGGGAGGAACCCGGAAGCGCAAAAGUCGCGUCGACGUCAAGUACUUCACCAAGCCAUUCACGCCCUUAAACUACCGAAGUCACCUGAACGGUCAGCACAAGGAAUCGUGGGAGGCGUACCAGCAGAUGUCGACUUCUGCGAAGAAAGAAUACUUCAACGACAAGAUUAGCAGAAGUAACACGCUUCACGUCCAUAUGGACUUGACCAGCGACUCAAUCGAGUACAUGAUCAAGGCGCCCAUCGUUGAUACGAUCAUCGGAGGGCUGUUCUUCAACGCGGAGGCUAUCCAGGAGGAGGACUGCGACGACGCCGGAGAGGACGGGGAGCGAGCGUCGAAUGGGGCGGCUUCGUACACGGUGAAGAUCAAGAACACGAUGUGGUACCAACUAGUGAUCGAUCACGUUGGUGCGGGGAUGUCGUUUAAGCAGACGGCGCUUGCUAUCGGGCACGCCAAAAAUCGGGCCCAAGUACCCAAGCUGGCAGGCAUCAACGAUCUCAUCGUCGGCCAGUACGUCCGUGUGCAAGUCGCAGUCGCGCUCCAACGUAUUGGCGACAUGCUGAACAAUGUCAAGCAGGUGUGGGCGUUCUCGUUGGCCGGUGACAGUAGCACCCAUCGCGGUCAGUCAUUCUUCGAUCUCCGCCUGCGCUUGUACUGGCACGGCCACCUACUGAACCUGCACCUGGUCGCGCUUCCGAUGUUCGACCGCCACACCGCCGAGAACAUGUUCAACAUGAUUGUUAAACUCCUGGACGCGCUCUUCCCUAAGUGGCGGGCGAAGUUGAUUGGCGUGUCAAGCGACGGCGAGAAUAAGAUGACCGGGCGCCAUCGCAGCCUCGUCACGAGGCUCGUGGCUGCCGUCGAGUACAAUGUCAUGCGUGUCUGGUGCGCUCCCCAUCAGAUCAACAUCAUCGCCAAGGAGAGUGCCGACCGAAUCGACGGCGGGACAUGA